AUGUUAGAAGGUUCAACUAUAGACGAGGUAGCAGUUGUGAUGGUUGGAAAUGAAUUUAAUCAGCGAGAUAUCGUGUUGCAAAAGAAAUCAUCUCAAUUGAAACGUGUGAUUGAGACUCAUAGAUCGUCGGAUGCUCUUCAGUAUCGCUUGAUUUUUUGGCAAGGAGAAGAUGGGUACAAUUUUGGCAUCCCCAGGAUUGACCCAGUUAGUGGUGGGCCAAAAGCAAAGAAAGUAUCGGCGAUGGACUUCUACGCGUACAGAAUAAUGGUGAGGGAUGAGGACGAGAACGUGAUAUUGAAAUUCCGUCAGCUCUUUCACCAGUUCGUCGUAGAUAUGUAUGCCAAAAUAGAAAGUGAGAGAUUGUUGUAUAUUCGGCUAAAUCAAAAGAAACUUCGAGUGGAUGAUUACGCUCACCUCAAAGAUGCUAUGAUCAAUGAUGCUCGGCCAGGUGAUCUAGGACAAAUGGUUAUACUACCUUCGAGUUUCCAGGGUGGGCCGAGGCACAUGCACGAGUAUACGCAAGACGCGCUCACUUACGUACGACGAUAUGGACGACCAGAUCUCUUUAUUACAUUUACGUGCAAUCCGCUAUGGCAAGACAUCAAAGAUCUCCUGUUUCCAGGUCAAUCGCCAUCUGAUCGCCAUGAUUUGAUAGCACGAGUUUUCAAACAGAAACUAUCAAUUCUUCUGCAAUUAAUUACAAAAAGCCACGUUUUCGGCGAAUUAAACGCAUGGAUGUACUCAAUCGAAUGGCAGAAAAGAGGGCUGCCUCAUUCGCACAUGCUGGUGUGGUUGAAGAAUCACAUUCAUGGUAGCGACGUGGACAAAGUUAUCUCUGCUGAAAUCCCGAACAAAGAGAUCGAUCCAGAACUUUAUGGUGUUGUGACCUCUCAAAUGGUCCACGGGCCUUGCGGGACGUUGAACCCCAAUUCUCCGUGUAUGGUUAAUGGGAAGUGUUCAAAGGGUUAUCCCAAGCAAUACUUAUCGGAAACAAUGUCCGGGAAUGAUGGUUACCCACAAUACCGCCGGAGAAAACCGGAAGAGGGAGGAUUCUGUACCAAAAUGCGGAUGAAGACCAGUCAAGGUUUCCAUGAGGUGGAAAUUGAUAACAGAUGGGUGGUUCCAUAUUCCCCGCUACUAUCAAAGAUUUUUCAUGCUCAUAUAAAUGUUGAAUCGUGCCAUUCGGUUAAAGCCAUCAAGUAUAUGUGCAAAUACGUGAACAAAGGUAGCGACCAAGCUGUUUUUGAGUUUUCGAACAGUUCAGACGAAGUACAAGAGUUUCUGAUGGGUAGGUAUAUCAGCAGCAACGAGGCUGUCUGGAGAAUCCUGGGAUUUUCGCUUCAUGAACGAAGUCCAGCCGUUGUUCAUCUGAGUGUUCAUCUUGAGAAUGGACAGCGAGUCUAUUUCACCGAACACAACCUUCAAGGAAAACUGCAGACUCCACCUGCAACAACCUUGACGGCAUUUUUUGAUCUAUGCCGGCAGGAUCCAUUUGCGAGAACUCUUCUGUAUUGCGAUGUUCCGACGUAUUAUACCUGGAACGUGGCUUCGAAAACAUUUCAAAGACGGAAGCGAGGAAAGGCUGUUGACGGUCAUCUCGACAUCAAAGCAUCUGAUGCUCUGGGUCGUGUGUAUACGGUGCAUCCAGCAAAUGCAGAGUGUUUCUAUCUGCGAAUGUUAUUGCACAUUGUGAGAGGACCUACGUCCUUUGCAGAUUUGAAGACUGUCGAUGGGCAGGAGUGCGAAACUUAUCGUGAAACUUGCUUGAAACGAGGGCUUCUUGAAGAAGACCGGCACUGGGAGGAGGCGCUUAGGGAAGCAUGCGCUACUCGGUCCGCAGCUCGGUUGAGGCAUCUUUACUGCAUUCUUCUUACCACGUGUUCGUUGGCUAAUCCCCUUCAUCUGUGGGACAAGUUUAAAGAUGAAAUGAGCGCAGAUAUUCUUCAAAAUCUCCGAAGACAAAAUCCUGAACUGAAUGUUCAGAUCACACCAGAUGUACAAAAUCAAACCUUGAUUUUGUUGGAGGAUCUUUGUAUGACGAUGGCCGGGAAACACAUUAACCAAUACAGUCUUCCUUCUCCUAUCAGAGAUCAUUCGAAUUCGUUGCGUACUGAAAUUUUGCAAGAACUAUCGUAUGAUCGUGUCCAGUUGCACGCGUUCGUUGCUGAAAAAGAACCUCUGCUUGAAGCUAACCAAAAGGCAGCAUACAAGGAGGUUCUUCGGAGGGUUGAAAACCGAGACGGCGUUAUUUUGUUCUUGGAUGCGCCUGGUGGAACAGGCAAAACAUACGUGAUAAACCUUCUUCUAGCAAAGCUUCGCUCGCAGUCGAGCAUUGCCUUGGCUGUUGCUUCAUCUGGAAUUGCAGCGACCCUAUUACACGGAGGUCGUACAGCCCAUUCCGCAUUCAAGCUGCCUUUACAACUGGCACAUUGCGAUACGGUACCAACAUGCAAUAUUGCUAAAGGAUCUGGUUUGGCGCAACUGCUACAGGAGUGUAAGCUAAUUGUGUGGGACGAGUGUACUAUGGCUCACAAACAUGCACUGGAAGCCCUGGAUUUGACUCUUCGAGAUCUCAAGUCAAAUGAUCAAGUGAUGGGUGGAACUGUAGUGCUUUUGGCUGGAGACUUCCGGCAAACAUUACCAGUCAUCCCCAAGUCCACACCUGCUGACGAACUCAGCGCUUGCCUCAAGGCCUCUCACCUGUGGAGAAAUGUGCGGAAACUUGCGCUUACUAAAAAUAUGAGAGUGCAUGUAUUGGGUGACGAAUGUGCUGAACUGUUUUCUAAGCAACUUCUCGCUCUCGGCGAUGGAAAAAUAUCCGCAGAUACCAGUGAUGGACGAAUAUCCUUUCCAACCAAUUUUUGUUGCAUGGUAGAUUCCCAGUUAGCACUGCAAACGAAGGUCUUCCCCGAUAUUCAACUCAACUUCACAAACACGCAGUGGCUAUGUGAGAGAGUCAUUCUGGCAUCGAAAAAUGAUUCUGUUUUCAGGAUCAACAAACGAAUGUUGGGUUUACUUCCUGGUGAGAUAAAGAGUUACAAAGCUAUAGACACUGUAGAUGAUCCAACGGAAGCCAUUCACUAUCCUAUCAAAUUUCUGAAUUCACUACAGCCAUCCGGAAUUCCACCGUAUAAUUUAGAGCUCAAAAUCGGCGCUCCGAUUAUACUUCUAAGAAAUCUUCAACCACCAAAAAUGUGCAACGGAACCCGGAUGAUAAUAAAGAAUCUGUACAGCCAUAUCGUGGAAGCAACUAUUUCUACCGGACAUGGAAAAGGAGAGGAUGUUUACAUACCCAGAAUUCCACUAUUACCCUCUGAUAUGCCCUUUUCAUUUAGAAGACUACAGUUUCCUAUAUCUUUGGCCUUUUCUAUGUCUAUUAAUAAGUCACAGGGACAAACCCUGAAAGUUGUUGGAAUAGAUUUGGAAGAACUGUGUUUUGCUCAUGGACAGCUCUAUGUGGCAUGUUCACGAGUUGGAAACCCCAAAAAUCUUUUUGUUUAUGCUCCGGGUAAAAAGACUGCAAACAUCGUUUACCAAAAAGCAUUGAAAUAA